AUGAAGGUGAACAAAUACGAUGGGAAUUGGGAGAAGCAAUGGUACGGAGCAGGGAUCUUCGUGGAGGCGAGCGAAGAAGUGGAAGUGGAUGUAUUCAAGAAGCUGGACGAGAAGGGCCGAGGAGAGGAAUUAGGGCUCACAGUGUCCUCCAUCGAGAAGCUUGGUUUCUUCUCCAAGGCAGAGGAGUUAGGAUUGUUGAGUUUGCUGGAGAAAGUCGCCGGCUUCUUGCCAUCGACGUUGGCUUCGUUAUUGCUACCUCUCUUUGUGGCUGCUAUGGCCGUAAUCGUUGUGAUUCCCGACGAUUAG